AGAGAGAGAGAGAGAGAGAGAGAGAGACAGGGGUUUCCUUCAUGGAUAAACGCUGCGUCGGUUUCCAGAGUUGAUUUUGAAGGGAACGUUGAGACCAAGAUAAAAACUUCCCUCGAUGAUUCUUCAACCCUAAACUCCAAAGCCGUUACCGACGUCAAUUUGAGCUUCGGAGAGAGGGCAUUAUCUGCCGCUGGCGCCGCUUUUAUCUCCGCCGUCAUCAUUAAUCCUCUCGAUGUCGCCAAGACAAGGUUGCAAGCACAGGCUGCUGGAGUUCCUUACAAGACUUGCUUUGAAACAAAUACGACGUUACCAAAUAUGAGAAGCUCUCAAUCAUGUUCGCGUUCAGUGCUUGGUUCUGAACCAUUAUGUGGCCCCGAGUGUAAUCGGUAUACCGGAACGCUUGAUGUUUUCUACAAGGUCAUUCAUCAGGAAGGGUUUGCCAGAUUGUGGAGAGGAACAAAUGCAAGUUUAGCGUUGGCUGUGCCGACUGUUGGCAUUUACAUGCCUUGCUAUGACAUUUUCCGCAAUUCAAUGGAGGAAUUCGCAGCUAAUAAUGCUCCAUCCUUGACCCCAUAUGUCCCAUUAGUUGCAGGCACAUUUGCACGAUCUUUAGCUUGCAUAACUUGUUAUCCUGUUGAACUGGCGAGGACCCGCAUGCAGGCAUUUAAAGAAACUAAAGGUGGUAUGAAACCUGCAGGCGUAUGGAAGACGCUAGUUGGAGUCAUCAACCCAGUGACAAGCACAAAUUGCAUUCAAAACUUACAGGACUACCGUGUCUUAUGGACUGGCCUUAGUUCACAACUUGCUCGUGAUGUUCCUUUCUCUGCAAUCUGUUGGGCUACACUUGAGCCGAUCAGGAGAAAACUGCUUGCUUCAGUGGGUGAUGAAGCUGGUGCAUGUAGCAUCCUUGGGGCAAAUUUUGCCGCUGGUUUCGUGGCAGGAAGCAUUGCAGCUGCUAUUACCUGCCCCCUAGAUGUUGUAAAGACUCGACGACAGAUAGAGAAAGAUCCUGCUAAGUCAUUGAAGAUGACUACGGGACAAACUCUACGUGAAAUUUGGAGGGAUGGAAGGAUAAAGGGGCUGUUUACUGGACUUGGUCCUCGUGUUGGUCGCACUGGUCCCUCCGUGGGGAUAGUCGUUUCGUUUUAUGAAGUUGUCAAGUACGCUUUGCAUCACAGACACGAAGAUCAUGAGUGAAAGACUUGGAUUCGUGCCCCAACUAAUGGCAAUUUAAUUUUCUAGUAUAAUUACCCGGCAUAAAGAUGUAAAUAAAAGAAUAGCACACACACGUAUGGUCCCCCAUAAAAAAAUCCAUCAUGUUUCUUCAAACAACCAUGAAAAAGUUUUUUUCUUCUUUUUAUUCCCAUGCUCAAGACUCAAAAGGCAACAUUUCUUCAAUAACUAGUCUGGAAAUUCCAGGCUGUAUAUUGUUCUAUUCUUUUUCACAUAAUGCAAAGCCUGACUCAACGUGCAAGUUGAAAUAGAACUACAGAAACCUUUUCUUUUUCCUGUUAAGAGUUGCAAUAAAGUGUAUUUUGAUGGUUCAA